AAAGAUAGUAUGUUGUAUAUGUACGCCUCACAGUGUACGGCCUGUGUGGAGCUGUGCUGUCAACCUGUAAUCUGAGGAAACUGCGCCCCCAUACCGGAGCCGGAAGUGAUAUGAUUGGCUGAUACAGAGAUGAGCGGUGACAACGUGAAGUUGUUUGUGGGAAACCUUCCUUUAGACGCAACUCACGACGAGCUCAACAAGCUGUUCGCUCCGUAUGGAGAGAUCAACACCUGCUCUUUGCUCAGACAGUACGCCUUCGUCACCCUGAGAGGAGAGGGCGCAGCAGACAGGGCCAUACGGCAUCUUGAUGGCAAAGAGUACAGAGGUAGGCCUCUGGUGGUCGAGGAGUCACGUGCAAGGCCACCCAACUCUACUAAAGUAUUUGUGGGAAACCUCAGUGCAACAUGUUCAGCAGAUGACUUACAUGGCCUUUUCUCAACCUUCGGCAGAGUUUUAGACUGUGAUAAAGUCAAAGCCAGAUUAUGCUCAAAUGUUGGCUAUGCAUUUGUGCACAUGGAGAGGAAGGAGGAGGCAAUGGCAGCUAUAGACGCACUCAAUGGGACCAUGUACAAGGGCCGUCAGUUAGCUGUCGAGCUGUCCAAAGCCCAGCCUCUGAUCAACCAGAUUGUGUCAGCUGGAAACCCUGGUGGUGUAGCAGCAGGUGGCAGGGAGGGUCUUCUUCCGAGACCACCUCCUUCAUUAGAGCAUCACCAGAGUCAAGCAGCUGUGCUUGCAGCAGCUGCAGCAGCUGCGGCUGGACUACCCAUACAAGUUCAGCAAAGUGUCCAUAACUCAUUCUACAACACCACAUCCUUUGACCCCACCUAUGCUGCUCUGAAAGGCAUUACAAGUGCUAAAGGUGCAGAUGGGGUCAUAUAUGGUGCUCUUGCCAGCCAGGUGUAUGGAGCUGUUGCUGACCAGGUGUACCAAGAUAUUACUAAUCACAAUCCUGGAGCCACCACAGUUGUUGAAGAAGCAGAGCCAGCGAGUGGGCCAGAUCCAACAACACUUUUCGAGGCGGCAAGAGCCAAGUUCUUUCAGGAGGGACAGAAGGUUCUGGCAGAGCAGCAGGCAGGGAGAAAGGCAGCAGCUACAGAUAAUGAGCGUGACCGCAGCCCAAUCAGAGGAAAUCGGGCUCCCCUCCUCCCCGACCCUGUUCCGGGUUCCUUCGCUCAGAUAAGAACCAAACGCCGCGCCCUGCUGCCGACACCACCUGGAGGACCCGAAGAGCCCCCAGCUGCCACAAACACGUCUGAAGGGUCAGAUCCUGUUGCUAGGUCUUACACAGAGUACUACCAGCAAAUGCAUCAAUAUCAACAGUAUCAACAGUACCAGCAACAGUACCAGUACCUCCAGUAUGCCUACACCAAUCCCCCUCCUCCUCCACCACCACCUGCACCAGCCACCACACAGGCACAGGCCUCCACCACAGCCACUGCACCCCCAGGUACAUACUCUGCACCCCCCACCUAUGCCACAUCGGGAGCCUACCCACCACCAGGAACGUAUGAUACUUCAGGAAGCUAUGACACCUCGUCCGGAAGCUACAGCACGACAUCUGGGAACUACGAUGCCUCGACAGGAAGUUAUGACACAUCUGGAGGCUACGGGGCAUCGGGUGCAUAUGAUUCAUCAGGAGCUUACUCAGCAGCGGGAAGCUACUCCACAUCCACACCGUAUGAGCAGACACCCGCACACGGGCAACCCGUGCCCCAGCGUCACGAUUAUCCUUACCACACGCCAGAACCCCCUUAUCGAUAGUCCCACCCCAAAACAUUCCUUCCACACUGCAGCUAGAGUGGGAGGGAGCCAAACUGAGCCCUUGCCCUGGACGUACGCCACACGCAGCUGUAGCGUGGGAUGGGGAAAACAGCAGCGUUAGGCCUGAAAAUGCUGUGGACGAUGGGGUGUCCCCCCACUAAGGUAAACACUCAGACCACACACUCCUGCCCCUCCCGGAAACACGCAUACACACUCACAUAACAACACACACCCACACAUACAUCCAACCUGUGUCCAUACUUCCUAUUCCUUACCUGUCUUCAGGGAUUUUUAUUUGUCAGGAUUUCAGAUUUUUGGAAAUGGAGCCCCCCCAUUCUUUUUUUAAAGGGAGAUUACUGUUUUUUUUUUUUUCUCCCUGCCAUUGAUUGUCCUAAUCAUAUCCUUCUAUUCUUCCCCAUACAUUCAUACUCAUACAUUCCUGCUCCCAACAUACUGACCACUCAAACACGAGAUUUGGAGGACACGUCUUUAGUCUAAAUCUGAACCCUUUCUGAAGCAGUCAUGUUGUUGUUGUUAGUACAUCGUGUAUCUAACAAUCUGUCAUUCACAAGUACCAGGCAAUCACAGCCAGAGCUGGGCGUGGGUCAUUUAGGUAGGAUGGGUUGUUUUUAGUUUUUGUAAAUGUGCCCCUGGGGCCACUUUGGGGUUAAGUGCCUUGCUUAAGAGCACAUCGGUAGGCCCUUCAUUUCAGAGUUGAAUGACCUGGCUCAGGAUCAGUUGCUGGUUCAACGCACGAUUUCCCCUCUCCCUUAAAACAACGAUUUUUGAUGCCACAUUCAACUUGUAUGAAUGACAAUGAACACAAAUAUUAUCAUUUUGUUUUAAAUGACAUUUUGUCCUAUGUUCUUUGAAAUGUUUAAUUAUCAAUAAAUAAAUUUCAAUGGAA